CACUAUAGAACUCGCCAAUAUGAUUAAGAUCAGUGGAACGACGUUCAUUAUGAUUCUGACUGUGGUGCAUUCGGAACCUCCGGUUAGUUCGUAUCUACCUCCGAGAACCGGCACCUCCGGUGCGAAUGGCGGUCGAACCGACUUGUCCACGCAAUAUGGGACGCCGGAUUUCAAUAAUAGAGGUGGUAUUAAUAGAAACGGUGGCGCAACAAGUUUCGGCGGGCCCGCUGGUAAUGGCGCAGGUAAUGGUCCAUCGAAACUUUACGAUGUACCCACCGGGGGAAAUGCCGGCGGAAAUGGUUUAGAUCAGUUUCGAGGAAACGGGUUUAGGGGUGGACAACCCUCUAAUGGCGCUUCCAACGAUGGCUUUGGUGGAAACCGAGGCAACGAAGGAAGACCAUCGACUAGUUACGGUGUUCCUAGCGCGAAUGAAAACAACGGGGGUCGUUUUGGAAACGGAGGUCACGAGAAAAGACCAUCGUCUAGUUACGGUGUUCCUGGUGCGAACGGGAAUAGGAGUAGUUUCGGAAACGGAGGCAAUGAAGGAAGACCAUCGUCCAGCUAUGGUGUUCCUGGUGUGAAUGGGAAUACCAAGGGUAGUUUUGGAAACGGAGGCAUCGAAGAAAUACCGUCAACUAACUAUGGCGUUCCUGAAGCGAACAGAAAUCAUGGAAACGGCGGCGGUCGAGGACCUUCAAGUAAUUAUGGCGUACCUGGUGCGAAUGGAAAUACGAAUGGUAAAAGUUCUUUCAGUGGGGGAAAUAGUAGUGGAGGAUCAUCGAGUAGCUAUGGAUCUUCGAAUGGAAAUGGAUUUGGUGGAGGAUUAUCAGGUAGUUACGGUCCUCCUAAUAGAAAUGGAAACAAUGGUUAUCCAUCCGGAAGCCCAAAUGGAAACGAGAAUUUCGGGCAUGGCGAUGGAAGUUUUGGAAGAGGAGGAGGAGAAGGAGGAGGAGGAGGUUAUAACGAUAACGCGCAAGAAGAAAAUAUCAAGCCGGCAAAAUAUGAGUUUUCAUACAAAGUGAAGGACCAGGAAACCGGCAGCGAUUACAGUCACACGGAGACUAGAGACGGUGAUCGAGCUCAAGGCGAGUUCAACGUUUUGCUUCCAGACGGUAGGAAACAAAUUGUCGAGUAUGAGGCUGAUCAGGAUGGAUUCAAACCGCAAAUUAGAUACGAGGGUGAGGCAAACACCGGCGGAGGAUACGACAGGUCGAAUGGUAACGACGGCGGUUAUUCUUCUGGCCGACCAAACGGCGAAAGCGGUGGCUUCGCAAAUAACUCAGAAUUUAACGGAGGCGGUAGUAACGUCGGUUAUCCGAGUGGUGGCCCCGGCGAGGGAAAGCUCGGUGGAUUUAAUGGCGGAGGCGGCAGCGGUUAUCAAUCGGGAAGACCAGGACAGUCCUUUGGUCGAGAUAACAAUGGUGGCUUGAACGGUGAUAUAGGCGGAUACUUUUCUAAUUCUCCUAGCAAUAAUAUCGGCAGCAAUGAUAAUGCGAGUGUCGGAAAUAAUAAACAAAGCGGUAAUGGUGGGUAUCAAUAUUAAAAAAACACAUAGUUUAAUAGCUUUAGAGAAGUUUUAGAUAAUUUUACACUAAACAACUAAGAAAAAAUUAUUAAAAAUGUAUCUAUCUCGUAAAUAUUAUUUAAGCACGGAGAACAGGGAACUUUCGUAUCAUAUUAUUGUAUUAGUUAUUUACAAGACUUUCCUUUAUCUUUCCAUGAAAGAGUAAAAUACGGCAAUGACUUUACAGAUUUUUUAAAUAUAAAUUUCAUAAAUUCAUAUUUAUUACCAAUCUCUCGUAUUCGCACGACUUAUUUAAACUUGUGUGUAGGACCUUCUAGUUGAGCAAAAAAA